AUGAAUUUAGAUAAAGACUGUAAACGAUUGGGAGCAAUCGAGCUAGCAAUCUAUCUCUUAAUGUUGUUAUAUCAUCGUGCUAAUAAGUUUGCUUUUGAGGGAUUUGUAUGCAUUUGCCCACCGGAGUACACAGGGGACCGUUGCCAGAUUCGGUCAUCGAAGUGCAAAGGAGAAGACUGCAACAGUGGUAUUUGCGUGGAACGUGAUGAUACAUGGCAAUGUGUUUGCCCGUUAAACACAUCGGGGUUGAGAUGCGAAAUAAUUAACGAAUCAGCAGUUGACGCUCUUGGUUUCCAACAAGACACCUCUUUUGUUUCGAUACCCGGUCCUAAAAAUCUCGAUCAACUUGAGGCAUCUGUAAAACCUCAUGAUGUUCAAAAUGAGCAUAUACUACUUUAUCUCGCCAAUGAUUACGACCCAAAGUCCAACAAGCAUCUUAGCGUCUCAGUUGUCGACGGAGCAAUUAUGUAUUCUUACAGCGAUGGAAAGGGUGUGUACCAUUUUGUACUAUCCAAUAAGUCAUUUUUUCUGCCAAGUACUGACCAUUGUGGAGUGUUCUGA